UCGGUCUGGUGUGUUCGCUGCAGCUAGCUUUCCAUGCCCCUCGGAGGAGUCCAGAGUGGAGUUUCGCGCAUUUCCCGCAGGUUUUCGAUAUACUAUAUCCGUUAGAGCACGCGAGCGCGCGAGUGUUGUUACUGCGACGCGACGGUCAGAAACGGCGCCGCUUUUCGGCCCGAAGACGGUGCAGAGUUGCGAGAGGCAGAAAAAAUUGGCGGAAUUAAGUUUCUAUUUAUUCUGGUUGCUGGCUUUCCUCGGUGAGGUUUGCUGCGUUUUUUUAUUUUUUAUUUUCUGGUGGUCUGAUUGUGUGAGAUAUGCAGUUAGCUUCGGAAUUCGCCGUGCAGAACUAAAGCCGGGUGCCGUUGGAUUUUGUUUCUUUAGCUCGGUGUUGAUUUGCCUAAAAUUAUUACCUACUAUCUAUGUGCGAUAGAGCAAGUGAUACGCGCACAAAGAACGUAACAGUUUAUGCUUGAUGUGGUCGGCGAAAAAAUGUUUUCGGAGGUGUGAAAUGGAUAAUUGAUUGCUUUUCGAGGUGGAAGAUCUAGGUGAUUGCUAACUGGUUGCAGCUUUGGACAAGAGAGUGGAACGAAAAAAAUCAUAACAAUCUCACAAUACCAGAAGUACGCUAGACGCCCUACAAUCGGUGAUCAAUCAAACGCACGUGUAGACGCUUUUGAACGUACCUAUCGCCGUCCAUUACUACGAAAGAGCUGAAAGUAUUAUACGCGAAAAGUGUGCUAAUUAGAUUUACGUUAUUAUUCUCCAGCGGGGGAAAUUUUCGCUACUCAUUACGAGGGGUGCGAGAGAAAGUUGUUCUUGGAGACAAGCGUCUAGUGUCAGUGGUCAGGUUGGUCUAAUUCCCGAGUUUGGAUCAACGUCAGUAACAAGUGCCCGUCCCCUUGGAACAAGAUAUCGAUUCACGCAAGAUGAGGAUAAGAGUUGGAUUUCUUAUUUUGAUGCUGAUGAUAGCCUGUGGUCACGCCAGUCUGAAACUGAGCGAACCCUGUCAACAUGACAUGGACUGCACCGACAGCAUCCGAGGCAGUUACUGCACCUUGGAAGGCUUCUGCGAAUGUUCUCCGUUCUACGUGCGGCUCAAUGAGACCAAGUGUUUACCGUCUCAACUGUUGGAAAGCGAAUGUCACCUUUCGGAACAGUGUUCCAUGCGUGUUGCUAAUAGUAUCUGCGACGAAGGCCACUGCCGCUGCGAGGACGGCUUUCUGCAGUUCCGCAAGCACACCUGUUUGUCACCCGCUCAGCCAGGAACGGUUUGCUAUAGCCACGCGCACUGUCGCAUGUGGGACACCGAAAGCCAUUGUGACUUUCUAAUUCCGAAUCUGUUUGGCCGUUGCCAAUGCACUGCUCCAGCCCGGCAAGAGGGUCCUACUUGCGUGACGGAAUCCACCACCACAUUGGAGCAGCAAUUGCCGGGUUUCGCUAAACCCCAGCAGCAGGAGCCGGAGAUUGAUCGGAUGUCGACAACCACGGAAGAUGAUGCCGUCGUAGUCGAGAAUCUGAUGAUGAAAGAGGAGGAAUCUGAUCGGGACCAGGAGAUGGGUCAGGCAGAGCAAAAUGUUGCCGUGGAAAAGGAACCAAUGAGUCAAGAGAGUACAACCAUCAGGGGAAGCAAUGAAUACACUACUGAUGGGGAGACCACUGAACCGUACGAUGAUUCCAAAAGCACUUCCUUCAUGCAGAUGUAUGAGAAUACGGAGCAAUACACCGCACUAGAGCGUGAAGUUGAAGCUAAUUUCAAAGAGCAAGAAGAUGAUCGUACUCGAACGACAACUGGAAAUCCUUCUCGCGAAACAACAGAAUUCGAACAGUAUUCUUCAGAAGCUUCGAUCGCUGGUUCGACCGGAGGAAGCUAUGAGUACGAAAGCACUAGUCACGACGGAGAAGAUUCUGCUUAUCAACAUCAUAAUUAUCACAACGGAGCAGUGGAACUCACAGAAAAACAUAAUCGCUUUGCCGAAGAAAAUCAUUCUAAUCUAAUAGAAGGCGAGGAUGAAUCAACUCCCAGAACAAGUCAAGAAUCAUUUGACAGUGAAAAAAUCAUUUCUACAACUGAAUACGAUAGUGGUGCCCAUCGUCAGGAUUAUAUUACAGAAAUAAACGACUAUCAAAUACAGACCAAAAAGAAGGAAACGGAGAAUGAAAUUGAUGGUCUCGUUGCAGAGCACACCACCCCUACUUUGGUACGAUUGGCGAGCAGGACAACAAUAAUGGAACCGGAAGCUCCAGUAUCCACCACAGUUGCCUCACUUAUCGACACCGACACGGAAACCAAAACGACUAGUACGACAGCACCAAAAAUCAGCAAAACAAGAACGACUACCUCGUCUAGUACUACUCCUUCUUUUUCCACUUUGAACACAGAGAGCAGUAUCCGAGUAAAACAUCAAGGUAUCCGGACACGUGUUGAUCUUGGCGACGGUCCCGUUUCUCUCGGAUUGGCGUGCAUCAAUAACCGCCAGUGUCAGCUAGCCGACCCAUACGCGUACUGCAACGAGCUGGGCCGAUGCGAUUGUGCUCAUCCGCAGACGGUGGAAGCUGGGGAAUCUGUUUGCAAUGGUGCCAAUACCGGUUGUGCACCCGGAACGUUUCAGUGCCGCUCGAGUGGAAUCUGCAUUAGCUGGUUCUUCGUGUGCGAUGGUCGCCCAGAUUGCAGUGAUGCCUCGGACGAGGAGUGUAACUUUUCGCUGAAAUCUAACAUCACCAACUGUCCGGAUUUGUCGUACCGAUGCGAGCGAAGUGGCCGCUGCAUCUCGCGGGCCGGAAUCUGCGACGGCAAAAUCCAGUGCCCUCAGGGAGAGGACGAGGUCGGGUGCGACUUCCGGAAGUCGCGACGAUGCCCAGAGCACACGUUCAUGUGCCGGAGCGGCGAAUGUUUGCCGGAGUACGAGUACUGCAAUGCGAUUGUAACCUGCCGGGAUGGGAGCGAUGAGCCACCGCAUCUUUGCGGUUCACGCUCGGUGCCGAAUUUCUUCGUGAAACUGCUGUCCGGACCGAACAGCCGUAGCAGAAACUAUUGUCCGUUACGAUGCGGCAACGGAAACUGCCGCUCGUCGGCUAUUGUUUGCUCCGGGCGGGACGGGUGCGGAGAUGGAAGCGACGAAGAGAACUGUUCCGUGUGUCGUUGUCCGGCACCGGCGUCUGAGGAAACAACACCCCCUGCUCUGGCCACUCCCGUCAGUACCAGCAGCAGGUCGAGGCAGCGAAGUCGGACAGGACGCAUUACAAGCAACUGGCAGCAGCAGCAGCAGUAAUAAAUGAUUCGUGACCAAGUUGGAUUCUCGUUUAUAUGAAAACUUUAAAAUAUCAAAUGGUCUUCAACUUGACACGAUAUACCGUUUAGAAAGACUAUCAGUUGGACGAGCUGAAAGAAACGCUGUAAAUUUAAUGGGAACGCCAGGUACUUCUAAAUAUAAGUGAAGAACCGACCGUCUCCUGCGAACUUAAAAUAAAUUGCACCAAAAUUUACACCAUCGCAUCGACAUGGACAAAGCAGUGCGCAAAAUUGUGUCGACCCAAAUAGUCUUAUCGCCCAGUGCCAAUUGCAAACUCCGUACACAGACGCACAAAACAAACCCGAGACCAAUUGUCGCAACGCGCGAAGCGUUCUGCUGCGGCACAUCUAAAUAUGAGUGGAAGAAUACGUUCCGAAUUUUGCAUAUACAUAUGUACGAAGUUAUCCGGUCCGCAGCAUAUCGCAUAUAUUUUUACUUAUACUUAACUGCAUGCAUGCUUAUAUGAAAACCAUUCACGAACAAACACAAAAAAAUACGCGCUCCUCAGCUAGAAUUAUUCGAAGAGGAAAUUAUAUGCGUGCUCUCCAUACUGACUGAGACGUGAGCUAGAUAUUUAUAGUAGGUUAGUAGCAAACGUGUACAUAUGAUACUGAUUACAAGUAGAUUUUUUUUGCACAAUACAUACUACACAUCGAAGGAAAGAAGAAAGGCUUAAGCAGACGGGUGGACACAGCGGGGAUACUGAGUAUCUAAACUGUCAAUCGAUACAGAAACGAACGUACGAUAAUCAAUUUAAUCACAAUUAUAUCGUGAUUAAGCGGAUAACACUAGCACAUGAAUCAAAGAAUAAGUUGUGGAUUAUGGAAAAGAUUUAGUAGACGGUAGAUUUACACCUUAGCAAAAACAGGGAUUACAAAAAAAUUAAACUGAUGUAUUUUCGACUCUGCGGGUUGUACUUUCUAGGUUAGGGAUUGGCGUUUCAGUCUUUAUUAAGUAAGAACUUUCAUCUUUCUCUCUUCUUCCGACGUUUCGGUCCACAUUAGACCUUUUUCAAGGAAUCGAAAUUUUGUAGUUCUAUUGUGUGCUGUUUCCUGCUAAAAACGUAAACGAAAUAAGCAGUUUGCCACCAUCAAUUAAUCAGUAGUAUUCUAACCAUGUACCGAACACAUUGAUUGAUUUUCAUGAAAAUCGUGCAAGCAGUAGCGUAAAAAAUAGUUUUUUUUUGUUUACCAAAAUGACCAGUUGAAACUUAAACCACAGUUGCUCAUCGAAUUUUGUUCUAUCGUGAUGAAUGGCGAAACUUACGACAACACUCAACUUCCCAGACAUAAAUAAUUCAGUGCCAAGUUCAAGUAUACUGUUCCAAAGAAGGUUCCAAAUUCGACAUUUUCCCUAAAAUUUCCAAUCUGGCAGGCGAUUUAUGGAUUUGGUGGAACAGUUCUAGCACACUAACCAUCAACAAUGAAAGACACGUUAGUUCUUGACAAAAAUUUCAAUGUCUAUUUGAUAGCAGGAUAAAGAUCGUUUUACUAAACUUUGGGAAAUAGCAUCACAUAAUGUGCAUGUACCCCACGCUACAUAUUUGCAAAAUUUUAUUUUAUUCCAGUUUUAUAGCCUCUAAUAUGCCAAAAAAUGACGUAAAUAUUAAAAAGAAGGCUAAUCGUUGCAUAAAUUUUACAAUCAGCAGAACAAAAAAUCUGUCCUCACACAGCGAUAUGUUUGCUGAAUAAUAAAAAACGGACCAAUACUUUUAUGAAAAGUCUUAUUCGGAAGUUGUUUCAACAUCAAUAUAAUCAAUAACAUUUUUGGUCUUCAAAAUUAAAAUUUAAAAGUCAAAACAUGUAGCUUCAAAAUAAAAAAAAGAUACUCUGCAAUUUAUUCCUUAAAAAGUAGCUCAAUUUCGGGCCUCGAGAGCAAAGACCACCACGAGUACGGAAAACGUAUGGAGCUCUCAAAAAUGUCGUUUUAUACCUACCGAAAUGGGAGAAUCGGAGCGCAGUUCCGAAAGCAUGCGAAAUAUUAAAUAGGCGCUCUUGAAUCGAUUAUAUUUGAUCGAUUCGUUUCUCACCCUGAUUUUAGUUUAAUUCUCUUAACGAACACCAAAAACAAACGAAACAUGGUGCCUCACUUUGGGUACAAUCAUUAAAAUGUAUCGUUGCUCUUUGAGGCCACGUUUUCACAAGUAACUUAAAGAUGUGUGCGGACAAGUCGUUUGCCACAGUGUAAGAUAUAAAGUAGAAACGAUAAGCCUAACUUACUAACUUCAAGAUGCAGCUAGUCGCAAUAUUUUAGUCGCUCUUCGGAAUAGCCUGUUGAAGUCUCUGUUCUGUUACAUCGUGCCAUAUGUGUACUAGUGUGGCAUAAGCCAUUUUUCACCACAGAACUUCUUGAGUAUUUUUUUGGGGUCAGAAAUGACUAUCUAAAUAUGGGAAGCGAUUGGUGGCUCCCCAGAUUGGCGCAUUGCGUUUGAAGUUUGUAUGGAAGUUUGUAUUGAAAACGCUACACUAGAGGCCGGUAACCCCAGCAAACCACAAAUCGUACAACAAUGUAGAAAAAGACUCGUGAUGAUGUCUACAAAGAGUCAAAAUCGUUACUACAGUCGAAUUUAGUCCGCAGAAAUUGAUUUGUAAUCGCGUAUUACUCGAAACAUAAUUUAAAUAUGACCUUUCAUUCAAAAUCGCUUUAAUGUUCUAGGUAAAUCGUGUUCAAUCGGAGCUGGUCGCAGAGCGCUGACAACUUAUAUUCAUAUAGCUACAAAUAUUUAAAUCAUUUAAAAUCGUAUUUUUCCAUAUAUAUGAUCGUAUUUUACUUCGAUCAAUGUCUGAUAAACAACAUAAUAAAGUCACUGUGGUCUUUAUUAUAUAUGGGAGAAUAGUCACUAAGAAACAUAAACAUAUCUACGACUUCGAUAUACAUCACAAUGACUUCAAAAAGUUAAAUACGACUUAAUAUAUCACAACAUAUAAGAAACCCGAUUUCGCAAAAUUACUUACGACUUUGCUCAUAUCUUUUAAAUGAGAUUGCUGCAUAUAUGGCGAAUGUUUAUCGGAAUAGAGUUUCUCUACUUGAAGAUAAGAUAUGAUUACGAAAUAUUGUCACGCUUAUAACAAUUAAAAUAGUUCUGUGUAGUAGGCCCUAUCGUACAAUCCAAAUGUCGUAAGUUCGAGUCCCAUCUUAACAUGUGAAGAAGAGAAUCCCAAUGGCUUGGGGGGUGGGUUGGGUUGGAUUUUGGCCUCCGUUCACAAUCCGCGUUCGUUUUUUUUUCUCCCCAAACCCCGCUUUUAUACGUAUUUUGUUAUGCUGGAGAUGAUUGAUGUACAACUUAACUGUUCCUAGUUUUUGAUCUUCUUUACCGACAUAUGAGAGUUAAUCGUAUAUCGUGUUCCGGAAUCGUAUACUAGUUAUGGAUAUCGAAUACAAUGUGAGAUUGUUUCGCAAAUCCAAUCGUAAAUAUAUUCUCUAGAAUCGCUUUUAUACUAGAGAUUAUCGCGACAAACGUGUAUAUUGUUAUUAAUCGUCAAUUUCAAUAGCUAUGUACGUAUGUCGCCUCCAGUUUGGUACGCAUAUGCCGAUUUUCUGCAUUUUAUGCGACUUUUUAGUGGGAUAUAAACACGUAUUAUUCAGUUGCAACUUGGAUAUACCAUCAAAAAGGCUGGCUGGGACAUGCAGAUGCUGGUUGUAACGUUAAGUUUCUCAUGUAAACUUGGGCUAAGUUCAAUUGACGGCAAAAAUUUCGUGAUAUCUAUGUGAUAGUUUGACUCAUAUGAGAUUUAACAGCAAUCGGCAUCCAAUUGAAAGAAUCGACAAAUUCACUAUUUGUCGUAUUACUCAACAAGCUUAUUACACGAAUGACGAUAAAAUUUGUGGGUUAUUGAUUCUGCAUCUCAGCAAAUCCGAUUGUUAGCAGUUUUAGUCGUAUAUACUUUAUACGUUUUUACCAAGUUUUUCAGUUCUAUUACAAAUUUUAUUUAUUAUUCGAUUGUCAUAAAUACCACAGUUUUAAUAGAGUGUUCUUGGCAAAUAGAAAUAUAAUUUCGCAAAACUUGCUUAAGUAUUAUGUUUGAUGUGUUUAUUAAUAGCACAGAACACUGACUUGUAACAGAAAUACGAACUGUAUACUGUGAACAAAUUUGUCAUUUAAAUAUCACAGUAUAUUUUCUCAUAUAAAUAUACACUCUCGUCAUUAGAAUCGCAUUAAAUGUUAUCUGAAUUUUGGUACCGGUGACAAUCAAUUUUUGGAAAGUUAUGAUACUCAGUCAUCUAUAAAAACUCCUAUUCAACUUUUUCUCAUUAAUUUGAGCAAUCCUUUUCUAAAAAUGUCUUUUUCUAUAAUUUUUCUAAAUAAUUUUGUGGUGGAAGAAGAGGUCAAACCGUCCGGCAGUAAUAUUAUGAAAAAUAAGCUUUCUAUAUAUAGUCUGAAUACCCCAUGCUAACAGUUUAGCCUCCGAACGUAGAAGGUGUUAGCUCUACCGAUUUGCCAAUAACCCAUUUCAAAAUGACAGAGACCUAGCGGUACUUUCCGAGACAUUGUUUUGGUUGAUGUAAUUCAUCCCAUAGAUGGUCGAUAAGAUUUAGGUCAGGCGACUGUGGCGAAGAAGGAAGGUGUUCAACGUACUGUACAACAACCAUUUCUUAACAAUGUUGACUGUUUGUUUCAGAUCCUUGUCUAAUUGGAGGAUUCAGUCAUAUCCGAAUCCAAAUUUCUGGACACAUUGCUUCAGAUUGGCGUACUAUAUAUCAGUAUACUUGAGUGGAUCCAUGAUGCCGUCAAUAAAUACCACAUUUCCAAUUUCUGCGGCCGACUUACAGCCACAGUUAAGAUUGGCAACAAGUUUUUGGGUUCCUUGGCUGUACCGUUUAUCCUUCAAACUUUUACUUCCACAGACCCUAAAUAAAUUUACACCUUCUAUAUUGACGGAUUACACACAGUAUUGCAAAAAAAAUGUCUUCAGUAGUAUGGCUUGACCGCAACAACAAUUUAGUUUCGCCUACAGGUAGGGGCAGGCCCGUAGCGUGGUCUUGUGACACCCUUGGCGGCGUCUCAGUUUUGCGCCCCUCUGAUGUUUACUUUGGCUUUCUUUCUGAGUUCGACUUUCGAACAAUUCAUGUACUCAUUGCAAUGGCACAAUUGACUUAUUUUAUAAAUUCUCCUCACUAAAUUUAUAAAACAGAUCAACAUCUCAGUGCUCUCUUAUGGCCUACGCUGGUGAAAUGAAAUUUUUGAAAGUUGCGGUAUAUGUCAGCGGUAGCAGCAUUGUUAGCGAAUAUGCUGAUGUAAUGUCGGGUUUAGUGAAUGAACAACAUUCCAUAGACAAGUCAAUACAACAGAAUCUGUAAAACAGCCCACUGACACAAACUGAAUGAACAGGACUUUUACUUCGAUAGGACAAUGGUUAUCCGGGAAUUAGGAGCACCAUUUGGCCUCUAUUUCCUGCUCUAUCGAUUUUGGUAAUAAAAGAAAGCUUUUCUUCUUUACUUCAUUACGCAACUUUAAUAGUUUGACUAAAACAAGCAAUGUUUUUGGUGAAGAGUAUUUUGUGAUAGACUACGGAGUCUACAUGCCCGCUUACAAGGUUGAGAUCGACGGUGUAGUCACCUAUUCAAGUUAGUUAUGCGUGAAUCUACUGAAGCCUGAGGAGCGCUGUUUUAAUGACAUUUUGCUCCGGUUAGUGAUGAUUUUGAAUGGAAAUUGCACAAUACAGGACAAUUAUUAAUCAUCGUGCUUUCUUGACUCAGGAAGAGUACGACUCUGACGAUCCCCUAUUAAUGCUUUUAAAAACUAUAGGCUGAUGAGAUUCCUUGUAAAGUCUGAAAAAAUUUCGCUUGAUGUUAUACCCAGGAGACAUCAAUUGUCAUAGUACGGCAUGGGAUCCGAAAAAGAGAUUUUUCUUCUUCACGGGGUCUUGGGGUCCUCGGACCACAGAUUGAUAAUCGCUGACUUAGACAGUUCCGGAACGCUUAACUUUCUGUUUAUGGAUGAGAAAGAACGUGAAAUAUUAAGAUUAGCUAAUUAAUUCUUUUCUAUCGCUUAACCUUCCGGAGGUGGCGUAAAUGGAGCACUGAACUAGCAGCCGCUAGUACUUAAAGACACUUUUACUGGAUUUUCUGAGCGACACUCCAUAGUACCAGCGCGAGUGCCGGAAGUUUAAAUGAUUCGCCAGUUAUUUUUUUUCGUGUUACCGUUGAUCUUGAAAAUCGAAUUGCCAUAGUUGUUUUAAAGCAUGAUAAGUAGUACAUAUAAACUUUAAGUUGUUUUUAUUCAUACGACUAAUAUUAUGCCCCCGUGCGCAGAAAAUUCCCAAGGGGAGGGUUUUGAGUUUUUUACGUUUCUUAUAAAAUGAAAGGUGUAGAAAUCCUCAAACUUUGACGAUUUUUUCCGAGGCCUAGAUGGCCGAGUCUUGUGUACCAAUCAACUCAGCUCAACAGAUUGGGUAAAUGUGUGUUAUGGAGAAGGCUUAUUUAACAGACACUGCUGCCUGCUAGUUCGUGGUAGUGUCGGUUUGCUUUAUAGUAGUUAAGUCUAGCUAUUAAACCUAAACCUCUUGUAUAUCGCAAUCAUCAUCCAUACGCCUACCUGCGAAAUUGUAAUCAUGCUCUUUUUUCCAUUGCUGCCUAUCUUGCCUGCUGUUCAACCUUCGCGGUAUGUCUGAACUGCUCAAAUCUGCUGCAAAUAUACUCACCUGUUAAGACAGGAAGCGAUCCGGAAGUGUCGACCAUAAUGAUUUGCAUCUGUUUACAACCACCUUCGCAGGGUUUCUUAUAGUUCUCGGCUCUACUUAUUCCUAUUUAUAUGCGAGCUGGUGCUGAGAGUUCCUCGGCAACGGUAUUUCUCCCGAUACCGACGCCAAUUUUUGCAAUCCAUUUAGCUGCCAACCACUCCGACGGAGAGAUAAUCGACGAUUAAAUUUCUCUAGACAACGAAAUCCGGAUUAUCUCCAACUUCGUGUUUUUCGUCCUUUGCUCCAGUUGCUAGCCCGUUGACCGGCUUUUACUUUUAAUCCUGUUAAGACAAAUGUUUUCCGUUUAACUCCACUAUAGAAUUCUAUAGUUUCUAUAGUGGAAUUAAAUGGAAAACAUCUGUCUGAACAGGAUUAAUUGUGACAUUUCACUAAGUCGCUCAAAUGCAAUUUUGUAAGAAAUUAUACGACCUUUACUGUGUAACUGGUCUGCUCGCAACUGUUGCUAAUAUCUAAGCUUGUCGAAACGUAAACCGAACCAGAAAAGCCUCACAAAGCUUCUUCAACGAUUUGUUUGUAGAAUGUCCGAACACAAAUUGCAUGUUAUGUGUCAAAACGGCUAGUAGUAUAUUUUUGUUUCCUAAUAGGAAGUUAAUAAAUUUUUAAAAGUUAUUCAAAAUCCUCAUGGGAGGUGUUUGAACCCCCAACACAAUCCUCUUACGCACGUUACCUUGACGUUAUUUUUGAAUGCACAAUAGGCAAAUUGGUACGGUUGAGAAUGUUUUUACACUGUGCGCUUAUGGUUUACUCUAAUGAUGCCAUGUUUAUACUAACCUGCUCAAAACAAUUCAAAUUAAACUUUUAAAGCCUAUGUAAAACUUUAGUGAUUAAGUAAAACUGAGAAAAACUCAAAAUGUAAUGAAUGCAUAUUUCUGUAAAUCCCUUUUCAAAUUAAAAUUUCAAACUUUUUUUCACGUAGUAACAAUUACCAGAAACUUUUUGCGAAAUACACUUUCUCCUUUCUCAAAAUCCGUGUUUUUGCUCAGGAAAAACUGUAUUAAAUCUAACCCUCGAUCCAGGAACAAAACCGCUAAUAAUUGAGUCCGUAAUUAAGUCAACAAUGAUUUUUACGAUAUUGGAAUUCAGCUUAUUUAGAGUAGAGAAAAGGUAUACUUUAAGUACAACCAGCUGAUACUUAACGACAUGACAUGGCAGGAGACAAACAACUUGAAACAAAUAAACACCGUCUAAGAAAAGCCUCGCUUUUUUCCUUUGAUAUUUUAAAACAUAGCAAAUCAUGUUUAAGGAACGAUGGUUGUUAAAUUGAACAUUCCAUAAUCCGCCUAUAUCGCAUAUAAGUUAUUACCAUUUUAAGGUUCGCAAAGGUACACAUUUUAAUUAGAUUGUAAGCUAAUAAAAUCGAACAGUAAGCAAACAUCGAGGCAUGGUCCAAUGCUUAGCAACCAACAAUACUUCACUGAACUGUAUCCAACUAAAUUAGAUCCAUAUUAUUGUAACUAAUCAUUAAAAUUCAAGGUUAGCUCUUAUUCUUACUAAUCGAUACGGAACCAUUCGCGUUUUCCAGGCACCGCCAGGUAACACGUAGCUUAAUAGAAAUUUAUUUAUCAAAGACACGCGACUCAUUGCUAAACGGUACGUAAAUCUUCAACCCUCCUCCUCUCCUAUGCCGGAGCAGACCCAGGAAGUAGAAAAUGCCAACGCCUCCCGCAUGUACUCUCUCUCUAUAAAAUGCCAGCUUCAAUAGUGUGUGGCCUUGACCGAAGAGAAAAAAGAAUCGGAAAUAAUUGGAAGCUUUGUUCUUCGAGUGAGAACGCCAUCCACUCGUUGAAUGACACGAUCCAAUGAUUUGAAUGGAGAGUCCCAGUCCUUUUCUUGUUUUCAAAUGAAAUAAAUCACUUCGGUUCCUGUUACCUCACUUGUAGUCACGCAGUAUUCUAGUUGGCUUUUUUCCAUUCUGAAGAUUCUUUCUUUUUUGCUUAAAACUGCAUAUAACUAUUGAACACAAACUAGACUUAUGUAUAAUAAAGUAAUAUUUUACACUUCUUUACAUUUUUAAGCAACC